GAAAGCAUGGUGCUUCCAACACUAUAUGAAUCAUAACUAUCUACUUGGCCAUUUUUGGUUUCGGAAGCUAAUUUAUUGCUAGGUUGAGUGUGGCUAUGCUUGGCAUCUCCUGAUUGUUGGUUGGGAUCGUUGUCAUGGACAGACAAGCAGUGCUAUACUGUUAUGGGGGGUUUUCGGAAAAAAUUGAGAUGUGAAUGUGGAUAUAUUCAGUCAAGAUUGGUGUGACUUGAGCAGCUGACAGGUAGCACAUCUUGGAAUAGUUCCUCCGACAAUUAAUGGUGGAAGACUGGGUCAUCAAAACAAUGUAUGCAACUAAACGCCGCCGGAGAACCGUCAAAAGCCCCAAGGCCCCUAUAAAGGAUCCUCCCAAAAGUAACCCCAGUAAGCGGCACCGGGAGCGCCUCAACGCAGAGUUAGACCAUCUUGCUAGUCUCCUGCCCUUUGAGCAAAGCGUCAUUUCUAAGCUGGAUAAACUCUCUAUACUCAGACUGGCCGUUAGCUACCUCAGAACCAAAAGCUACUUUCAAACAGUGCUGCCAAACCGCUAUGGCAUAGAGUCUCAUUUGAUGGGAAGGUCUCACUUAUUCCAAGAGCCAGGAUUCUCAGAGGGAGAGAGCAUAUUGCAGGCACUGUACGGGUUUUUAUUUGUAGUCACAUGCGAUGGAGAAGUGUUUUAUGCAUCUAGGACGGUAGAGCAAUACCUUGGCUUUCAUCAGUCGGACAUCAUACACCAGAGUGUGAUGGAGCUGAUACACUCAGAAGACCGGGAUGAGUUCAAACGCCAGCUGUCCUGGUCCUCAGGGCUGCCACAAGAAAAGUCCAAUAUACCACUCCAUGAAGUUAUGUUGCCAGAAAAUCAUCAUUAUCUCCAUCGGUCGUUUACAGUACGAUUCCGCUGCCUCCUUGAUAACACUUCAGGGUUCAUUACAUUAGAGAUCAAUGGCUGGAUACGAGUCUUGCAUGGACAGAACAUCCGUGCAGAAGAGCCACAACUGGCCUUGUUUGCAACCUGCUGUCCAUUUGGUCCUCUAUCCUUGUUUGACAUUCCAUCUCGGGAACUGACCUUCAAGAGCAAGCACAAGAUGGACUUCUCCCCGAUCACCAUGGACAGCAGGGGGAAGAUGAUGUUUGGAUAUGCAGACCAUGAGUUGGCAUCAACGUCUGGCUAUGACCUUGUCCAUCCUGAUGAUCUCUCCUACUUUGCAGCCGCCCAUCAAGAGUUGAUAAAAACAGGCAGUUCUGGCCUGAUUGCCUACCGAUGGCUGACCAAGUCUUUCCGAUGGCUGUGGCUUCAGUCCAGUUGUAAGGUCAUCUACAAGAACAGCAAGCCAGACUUCAUCAUUUGUACUCACAGGCAGCUCACUGAUGAUGAGGGCCAGGACCUGUUUGGCAAGCGAGGAAAUGAGUUCAAGCUUCCGUACCCACUGCUGGACAUGGACCUGUGUGCAGGCUUUGGAUUCCCGGAGGAGGAUCUUGUGUCCAAGAAACCUAACAAGAACAAGAAGAAAGCUCAGGGACGGGAAUAUUCCCAGAACACCAAGAAAAGGAAAGGUCCCUGUCCCCUGAACGUCAGCUAUGGAGGCUAUGCCCCUUUCAACUAUGACACCGGAGACUACAAGUCGGACAUUGUGUAUCCGAACAAUUUUGGAUAUGACACUGAUAUAUAUCGCUCCAAUGUGUAUGGGUCACUGACAGGUUCGAUGUACCCUAGCUCUGAUGCAUACAGACUAGAAUCUGACAAACAUAGUCUCUCUAAUGGAUACAUUUUAGAUCCCCGACAAUAUCAGCCAUCUUUACCCUACUCCACAAACAGUUAUGCAGAUAUCAUCACAUCAGCACCAAAAUAUGGUCUGGACUAUGGCUACGGUUUUGACCUUGCCAAGAAGGGCGUGUGUGAGGAAUUGCCCUUCUAUGAAAAUGACUCAAGGAAAUAUGGAUAUGAUUUCCAUCAUCAUGAACGCUUUCCAUCUCGUCUGAACGGAUCUCUGGAGCCAGUGGAUCUCCGUUCAGCAUCUGUGUACAAUGCAAACUCAUUCAUGAACACAAUAGAAGGAGCAGUUGCUCCUCCUUGUAUGCCAUCCUCUACACUUUUCCGAUCUGUCCAUAAUCAGGGUGUUUAUCCUAAAGACAAUAAAAUGGACACAAGGUCAUCACCAGACGCUGUGGUCAAUGGUCAAGAUCUCGUGCAGCACUCUCUCAACCACAGAGACAGCUCUGUGAUAAAGAGUGCUGGACCUGGUGUUCGGGACAACAUUAACUUGGAUGGGAACAUGACUCCCAAUGUGUUACACAACAGUAAUAAGACCCCUGAUAUGAAUGGCAGUGUCUGGGGACACUGUGGGAAGGGUCCCCCUGCUUACCAUCAACGAGGGAGUUUAGGAUCAGGGUCUGACCGUGGAACAAGUCCUGCUCAGUCAGAUCUCAGUGCUUCAGAACUGUCCAGCGGAACUCCUAAUAAGAACGAUCUUGUGAUGAACACAAGGACAAGUCCCAAGAUCACCGGAGUUCCAGCCUCUGUCAUUCAUUCCAAUCCAUCCUGUGACAAACAACAGCAACAUCAACAGCAGUCUGUGAUGGGGGGCAUUCCUGUCCCUGUUGUGAAGGCAUCGCCAUGGGUAACCACCCAUCACUACAACAACAAUGCCUACACAGACAAGGACUGGGGCGCUGGCUCUGACAUGUAUGCAUGUGCAUCCAAGAGAGCUAUGUUGGCUGACAGUGUGGCUCAUCAGAAGCACCUGGCACUGAAGAGCGUCACAGACAGGGGAGAUAAUCCAUUACUUAGUUUCUCUGAGAUGACCCACACAUUACUAAGUAGCACCCACUGAUAGAGGCCAACAUGAAACUACAUGUGUCAAAAUGAACACUUUUUAUAUUCUAAGUGUCAGGAAUCAAGGUUUGCUUAUGACCUUGACCUAUUUUGUUGACCUUGGACUAAAGCACAGUAACUCACUGGAUAUUUCCACCAGUGACUUCUGUCAAAUGUCAGCAAAUAAAUUUCUAAGGUUUAUAUGUUGUUAAUCACAAUGACCUUGACCUUAUUUAUUUAAGUCAGUUUGAUAUGGUUGCCAUGUGAGAUGAGGCAUGGUUCCACACUGCAAGAACUUAUUGUGGUAUGAGUGUAAAUACACUGUUUAUGUUAACCAAAAUGUAUCAUUAAAGAGAAUCUAUGUCACAAUAUUUUUCUCGUCCUUUAUGAUCCAUUACAAUUUUACCUCGUUAUUUAAACUUCAAGCCACAUAGAUAAUAUAAGUCCCAUCAGGAUGGCUUUAGUGAGGGAUCAUUCCUUAUAGCAUGGAGGCAUAAUGCUAAACACUUUAUUCUCAUAUACUUUAAGUACAAGUAUAUGCAGUUUCAUUAGUGCUAUUGAUAUGGUCACUGAUAUUAUUUUUUGUUGUAUGUUUUGUUUAGGUUUGCUUAUAUACAGCCUAAUUUACAGAGUCAUUUUUAAGAUUUUAUUUACAAAGCUUUUCACCAAAUAUUGUCAUAUGGAUUUCAGCUUUAAGGUGUGUUACAUUGAAUGCACUUGCUCCUAAAAAUAUCCUCUAAACAUAUUUCCUUUGAAUUGACAAGAAAUUUGGCUUGCAGUUUGGUCAAUGACCAAAUCAAUUAAAUGACAGUGUUCUCUAUAGCCAACAUAUUUUUUUUCAAUAUUUGCAGUAUAUUUUUGGACAACUCAGCGGAUGUAUACAUGUUUGUGAUAUUGUGUUCAAGUCGUUAAACGUAUGAAAGAGGACUCAGUGUUGUAUUAAGUGUAGAGACUGGAAUACUGUAGCUAUUUAUAUUGUCGUUUUCUCAACUGAUUAACAAGUGAAGUCACACUACAGUAUCAAAAUUUAUCUGAUAAUAUUUGCUCAAAUUAAAGAAAAUAUUCCUGUAAAUAGGUAAACAAUAGCGGUGACACCAAUUAUGUUCUGCUUCUAGCCUGCAUUGAUGCAUGUUGGUUUGUUUAUUGUCCAUGAGUUUCAGCAAUGUUGAUAUGUCUAUGACAAGCAUCUCCUGUUUAUGUUGUGUAUAUUAUUUUGACAAUCCAAUGAAGCACUCAGUAUUGUUGUUUUCAUAUGCCAAUGCUUCUUGUGUCCUUCUAUAAUUUCUAUUGCUUUUGCCAAAUGACAAGUGCUAUGAUUUUAUUUACAGCUUUUCUCAGCAUGCUCCAUAUGUUUUGUUUGUAUAUUUUGUUGACAAAAUAUAUUUUGAAAGGUUAUCCUAUUUUCAUUUGGUGUUGCCAGGAUUAUCACAACUUCUAAAUACAAAAGGAUUUAAGGAGUGUUCAGCAUCUUACUUCAUCCUCAUUUCCUUUUUAUGAUGUUAUUAAUUAUAAUAAUUUGUCAGUCAUAAGAUAAAUUUAUUAUUAUAGGAGUUCAUUUAUGAACUGAAAAAUCUAUAUUUAAUAAUAUCAACCAACUUGUUUUCCUGGAAACCCAUUUUGCACAUCAAACGAAUUCCCAGAUAUUUAUGUUCGUCAGUUUCUUAAGAAUAAAAUAACAUGAAGGAUGUUUAGCUGAGCAUGACUAAAGGAUAAUACCAUGGAUCUCAGUUUUCGUUUACAUAUUCAUGGUUUUCAGUUUCCCGUAUGGGUAUUCUGAGGGUUGGCAUUUAUACUCAUUCUGGUUAUUAUGAAGGUCAGUCUUCGGGUUAACAGUAGGUUACUAUAUUGUAAGUAAUAUAUAGGCCAUGUUUGAUGACUUCUCUUGAUAUGUUUGUUCAUUUCUGGUUCUAAGAAUUAAGAACAAAAUACAGCAAAGGAUUUAAAGUGAUAUAGGAACGUGACUAAGACAUAUUUAUCAUAAUAAAUCUGAAAUGUUACUGUAUAUAUGAAUGUUUAAGAACAUCCAUUGCAACCUAUAGGUGCUGAAAUAGUUAUUAAAACUCUCACAUCAUCUUUGUCGUUCAACAUCAUCAGGGUCAUUAUCGUCAUCAUCAUUAUCAUCACCAUGUUCAUCAUCAUCAUGUAUUUAUUAAGUCCCAGGCUCAAAGUUGUAAUUAGUGGUUGUACAUAUGUAUUAUUUUGUUAAAGUGUCGAAAUGUGUGUUUAGUUUGUGAUGGGAAACAUCAGUGUUGACUGCACUGAAAUGAUACAACGCAACCUGGCGAGCAUCUUGCCAUGACCUUGUAUGACCUUGGGAUACAUGUGACCUCGACCCAGAAAAGUCUCAAACUUGCCAUAAUAAUUUAUCUUCAUUUCCAUGAAUCUUGUGAAUAAAGUUGAGAAACUGGA